AUGCCUCGCGGAGCAGAAUACGACAACGGCAUCCCCCAGUCCGACAACGCCAUCGAGGCCGGCGAGACAAAGGUCCACGGUACCAACUCUGCUAACGACCACCUCGAUCGCGUCAACCGCACGGCUGAUCUCCCCGAUGUCCCUGCCGGCGGCAUGCACAGCGGCGGUGGUGCCCCCGGCCACUCGAGCGGCAAGGGCGGUCAUGAGCCUCGUACCCUAGGCGAGAACAAGGGUCUUGGUGCGCAUAAGGCGUAA